UUCUACCCCUGGCGCUGGGAAGUCUACCAGAGCGCUGGUUAUUAAACCCUCACCAGUAACAGCCUAAUCAGUCUUGAGUUAUCUAGCACCACGAACAGUUGGCAAUCCGGCAGCUGCUAGCUGAGUAUUUGAAUCUUAACACCCGUAACAACACAAAAACACUCAACCGAAAAUGUUCAAGUCGCAUCUGGAAAUGAUCGGAAGCUACGAGCCCAUCAGCAAGAAGGCUCGCUUCUUCAACACCUACCUUAAGUCGCUGAAGGGAUCCCAAGACAUCAUGGCCAAGGAGAAGCGCAGCUACAGCUCGUCCUUCGAAUCGCAGAGCAUCUACAGUGACUCGAAAUUCGCCUGCGAAAGAGUCAAGUCGCCCGGCUACCACUACAACCCGGUCAGCAAGGACACUUAUGGCGUUACGCCGAGAAAGAUCAACGCACGCGAUUUCACCCGCUAAACAUCGUGUAGCAGUAAUAUCUUUUUGUCUUAAUGUGUCCCUAAGUUCUUGAACAAGUACUACACCAAGAAAACAAAACAAAACAAAAAAAAAACCAAACAACAAACAUCUACCAAUGUAAUGAUAUAGAUUUUAACCUUCGAAUGACAGAAAAAGACACAUCACCAGUCCGAAACUACAGACAGGCACACCGGUACAUCUACAAGAAGAAAAAAAAUCCUAAAAGAAAAGCACAAGCGCUAGAUGUUGAUGAUUAGUGAGUAUGAAGGUUUUUUUUCUUGUGUGUUCCUCUCAUGAGUCGAACCAGGGCUGACUCGUGUUCCCGUUGUGCGAAUUAUGACGCAAAACGUGACCAUUCCCGGCGGGCAAGUACCCAUCGAACAGGGUGGAAAGAUCAGCAGCCACACACGCGCCGAUAACAACAAGCGCGGCGAGUUUCUAUUUAUGUUUCUCGAGAAAGUUGCAGAACUAAGAUACUGCACAACAUGAACGCGCACGCACACACACACACGUACACGUACAAGGACGGACGAACGGCAACACACUUCUAACGAACUCGACCUGUUAAACAGCAGAACAUGCAAAAUUCGAUGUAGAAAGGAAUGAUUGAAAAAGAAAAUUAAAAGACGACAAACAACUGCACGGACUAACUAUUUUCGAACAGCAGCAUGAAACCAGAUAACAGCUAGAUAACAUCGACAGCUAGAUAAUCUACAAGAUCCCAAGCAAGCGUUUCAAUCGAUCGUUCCCAAUAUCCCGAUCGAGCAUUAAGAUCAUCACCAUCUCGGGUAUUGUGGAUACUGUGGACAACAACAAAACAUCUAACGACAUCUUUCGAGGAAUGGAAUGGAAACUCCCAAUGGUAGUCUGCUGGGGAUGCGAGCGUGAUGUGAUCAUCGAAAUGGUAGAUCGGAAAUCUAGAGUCACCCGUAGCGGAAUAGCCAACAAUGUUUCUACCGGAACAGCUAGAAACAAAGAUAACUGACCAAGACAUACUGAGCAAACGACGAGCAAAGUGCGCAUAUCAUAUCGAGAACAACCAAGAGAUCCAUUCGACCAGCUGGGAAAGGAAGCUGGGUAAUUGCGCGAAACAACCGUAUAUCCUGCAAGGAAUCUCCCACAAGAACACACACACACUUACAAACAAAACAACAACAAAAAAAAACACUAUAUUUUUCUUUUCAUUUACCAUUAUGUGUAAAAUAUUUUUUCUUUUAUUCGUAAAGUCAAGGCUGUAUAAGUUAUGAGAGCGAAAUGAAUAAAACAAAAUAAUAAAAAAAGAAUAAAAUCGUCGAAACGAA